UAAAUAUUUUUUGCCCGACAUUUUAUUGACGAACUUCCCCUUUAAUAAAAGGGAGGGUUGGACACGGGGGAGAGAUACAUUGUAGCUGCGGCGGAUGUGAGUGUGUCUGCGGCCCGCGGGCGAGGUGCGGCCCGCGUACUGCUGUGAGCGCUGCUGCGGGGACAGGAGGAGAGAGAGAGGGGCCGAGGGAUGUCGGUGUGUGUGUGGCGGUCACUGCGGCUCCGAUGCUCGGCUUUCCCCGCCUGGUGCCGGCCCGGGGGCCGGAGGUUCAGGCUGAGCUGUGGCUAUGGCGAUGGUGGCGUCAACUGGAGGCGCUUUCACGGGGGGGUGAACCUCGCCAGGCGGCAGCUGUGCCCGGGAACAGGUCAGCCCCUCGGAGGUGGGUCACAGGAGAAGAAGCCGGUGAUCUGCAUCGAAGGGAAUAUUGCGAGUGGAAAGACCACCUGCCUGGAAUAUUUUGCGAAAACCAAUAAUAUUGAGGUUCUCCCGGAGCCUGUCUCGAAAUGGAGGAAUCUCAGGGGCCACAACCUGCUGGGUUUAAUGUAUGAGGACGUGUCUCGCUGGGCCAUCACCUUGCAGAGCUACGUACAGCUCACCAUGUUAGAGCAGCACACACUGCCACUGACGGCACCGAUCAGGAUGAUGGAGCGCUCCAUCUACAGCGCCAAGUACAUCUUCGUGGAGAAUCACUACCGCAGCUGCCGGAUGCCGGCUGUGGACUAUGAGGUGCUGAGCCAGUGGUUUCAGUGGAUCAUCAGUAACGUGAAGAUCCAGAUCGAUCUAAUUGUGUACCUACAGACAUCACCUGAGGCUUGCUAUAAGCGACUGCGGAAUCGGUGCCGGGAGGAGGAGCAGAUUGUUCCUCUGGAGUACCUGGUGGCUAUCCAUCAGCUGUACGAGGACUGGCUGAUUAACCACACACUGUUCACAAUCCCGGCCCCGGUCCUUGUGAUCCCGGCCGACCACGACCUUCAGAAGAUGCUGAAACGGUACGAGAAGAACUGGGAACGGAUCCUGUCACCGAGUCGAGGGCCGGUCACGUGUAGCCAGUAACCGGGGAAUGUCACUGACUAUAACUUACACUGGCCGACAGCAGCGGGCAAGCAGGAACGAGUUAUUCCGGUACCCGGAGUGUGCCUUACACACCGGAGCCGGCACUAAGACAGACACACACCAACACAGACACCACCAGCCAGGAGGGAAUCGGUCUCUUACCGGCUGAGCUCUGUAUAUUUUUUUGCUCUGACACAUGCAGAAACCCAUCACCAUGCAUAAGAGUCUCCAAACCAAACUCAGAUUGACAAGAGCCAAAACUUGGGGACCCCAGAGUGUGCGAUGGGCUAACUGCUGGAGUCUAACCAGCUGAAACCGCAUAGCUUGCAAUUGUUAGCACUGUC